GUGUGUCGACUUGUCGAGAUUCGGGAAAAAAUAUUUAUAUUUACUGAAAUUGAUUGCAUUUCUGUCACAAAGAACCUGAAGAAUCAAACUACGCCUUUACCGAUGGUUUUUAUAUUGCUCUAAUAGGCCUCAAAAGUUUCAAAAACGGAUGUAGAAAGCAGUAAACCAAUGAAAUUUUUUUCCUUUCUCUUCAAUCGAUCGCUUCGAUAAAAUGGUAGAAAAAAACACGUACGACAUGUGUAUUUACGUGAUGUUUAGUACUUUGUUGAUCUUGAAUGUGGCGACGCUGGAAAUAAGCGGUGAUAUGGAUUUUCCGGUCAAUAACAUCCCGAUAUACAGCGAUGGAAUCUAUUUUGAAAAUCUGAAACCGGUCAAGAUUCAAGUUAGCUUUUGGACGCUGCAGACCAAUUAUGAGCUGAAAGAGUUCGUGGAUGAGAUUGUGAUGGCCAAUGCAAGUGUUAGUAAGCUGAUUCAGGCAUGCCGAGACUUGAAAAGCAAGUUUCCCAAUAGCUGCGAAAGCAUUGGAAAUAUUAUUGACUUGACACAAGAACUAAACGACUUCAAAGAAUUGCUGGGAAGUUUCUGUGAAAACAAACGAAAAAAGCGUGGUAUCUUGAAGUCCUGGUUUGGACUGAUGGAUGGCAGUGAUCGAGACGAAAUCGAUGAGAACUUCAAGAAGGUUGAUGACCAAAUUACUGUACAAACAUCAACGGUCGAGCACUUUUUCAACAGCACCAAUUCGGCGAUUGCAGUACUCAGUGGAAAUAUGUUCCAGGUUGACCCGAAGCAUCCUAAGACGAUCGAUUAUAGUCGAGAGGGUCAACUGUUGAUGAUGGAUAUUCUGCUUAAUAAGAUAAUUCGGAAAAAGGAGCUGUUCAUGAAACUGUUGCAAACUUCUAGCUCGAUGUCUCUCACUGAUGACAUAGUAAGUUCGACUCGUUUGCUGAAAGAACUUCAAAAGUUGCAAAAAAUCUUACCAGAAGAUUUUACCUUUCCUGUUAAGUUGAACCUUCGGGAAGUCAUCAAGAUGUAUUCGCUUUCGAAAGUUAUGGCCGUUGUAGAAGACUGUAAAAUGAAGGUUAAUAUUUUGUUGCCACUUUGUAAUAAGAUAGACUAUACGACUCUUAAAGGAACCAGCGUGCCUACGAUACGGGAGGGUAUUCUCAAAAUGUUCCCAUUGGAAAACGAUGUACUGGUUUAUAACAAUGUUCAUCAUCUUGGAAUGGUAAUGAACUACGGCGAAUAUAAGAGCUGUAAUCAUUUGAAUGAUUUUGCUCUUUGCAAUAUGAACCAUUUGAUGAAGAACCUAUCCACGGCUGAGGAUUGCAUUGUGACGACCUUCUUCAACAAAACAAACGCCGAUUCGGACUGCCGGAUCAGUCGCUUUCAACUAAGGCAUCAGAUCUGGAUACAGCUGGCUGAUCCAAAUCGGUGGGUUUAUGCAGUGCCUAAUCGAACAAUGAUUGAAAUUAAUUACGGGUUAUCGAACAAAAAAGUGCUUGAAAUUGGAGGCAUCGGUAUGUUGAAAUUGACUCGAAUGUGCCACGUGAGAUCUCAGGAUAUCAUCCUUCAAUACGUACCGCAAUUGAGCAGUGUAGCCGGUCCACAUGCGUUAGGAUUCCAGCUACCGGCGGUAGUGACGCGCGACCAACCACGUAUCGUGUCAGCUAGCGAUAACAACAAGAUUAUCUUGGCUGGCGAAAACACCGAAAGUGCCCUUCAAGAUCGAAGCCACGUCGCCGGCAUAUACUACGAACAGUCUGGAUUUUCCCCCUGGGCUAUCGUUGGCAUCAUCUGCGGAGUGCUGACUGUAACUUUUAUUGCGGUCAAGGUUUACCUCAAAAUGGUCAAUGAAAAGCGCAGGCAGCAGAUGCUGAUGGAACGUCUCCAGGAGCAAGACCAGGCGGGCCACGGCGGUACAAAUGGUCGAAACGAAUCUUUAAACUCAACGGGUUCUGCAGACACCUCGCAACGGGCUUUCAUCAGGCAACCAACUGCUCCAGCAUUUUAAGACAUUGGCAAACGUUAGGUAGGUUGAUCGGAGUUUAAACACUAUCAUUUUUAUGAAAGAAAAAAGACUUGUUUAGUGUGCCGGGCUGUGUUAAAAAUCUGUGAAGAUUUCGGAAUGUUAGGAAUCGUGUUUAGCUUUAUCGCUUUUUUAUUGUAUAUUCACGAAUAUAGGCAUAGACAUAGACGUAUAUUUUUCGAAUAUUGCACUGCAAUGUCCGAUCGGUUGGAUUUUCGUAAUAAAAUACGAAACACAAAAACGUAGGGCACAAAAGUGAGUAUUUUGAAACAUCGAUGUGGCACUUGUAAGCAUGCAAGCAUAUAAAAAUUAUUGCUCUUUAAACAAUUAUAAUUGGCCAGUGGCCACAUAAUAUCAAAAUUAACCAAAAUUAAUCAGUUUCCUCAGUGUAUUGAGGUUCUGAGAAUGGUUUGCUUGCAGAAGUGCCAUUUCUUUAAAGUUUUUACACCUUCACAUGCGUUUUAUUCAAUUUUAAACUUUCAUUUUUCCCUUCACUGUGAUUAAUAUCAUUUGAAUGUAGUUAUUUUUAAACCGUAUGUUUCAUUUUUCAAUUUCACAUAAAUUAUCACCUAUCAAAAGUUGCCGAUCUAAUCAAAUCAGAGAUUGGAGCUAUAUUUCUGUUUUUAAAUAUAGCUAUAGCUAUAGCAAACUUUUUUUCACGCUAGUAAUCCCGAAAAGGAAAAAUAAUACUUCUCGUUCGUUACCAAAAACUAGAUAAGAAACGGUUUUCAAUUCAUUUCGAGGAAGACUACCUAUUUCUACCUACCCAUUACCAUAACUGUUAAGAUUCGGGCCUAUAGGCUUAGCCCAGUCCAACGAAGGUCAGCAUAAAUACAAAUUGAAACGAAACAGUUCUGUGAAUGCAGAGUUAUGUGUCAUUGAACACUACACCAUUGAGUAGAAAACGAACAAAGAAAAAUACUAUAUUUUUAGAACUUAUUUUCUCA